AUGUCAAUUUUGGUUAGUCGGAGUUUGACGAAGGAUUUUAAGGUGGGAAGAGGAUUAAGGCAGAGAGAUCCACUUUCUCCUUUCUUUUUUGUGAUUAUUACUGAAUAUCUGUCAGAGCUGUUAAAAAUUGCUUCUGUUAGAGGAGAUUUCAAAGGAUUCAGUGUGCAGGAGGGGUUAUCAACUGACAUAAUUCAAUUUGUGAACGAUACUUUUAUUGUUGGAUCAGGUUGUAUUCAAUUUGUGAACGAUACUUUUAUUGUUGGAUCAGGUUGUGGGAAGAAUUUAUGGAGCAUUAAAGCCAUCUUAAGAGGGUUCGAACUUGUUUCUGGAUUGGGAGUUAAUUACCACAAGAGUAGGUCGAUCAAUAUCAAUGUUAGUAAUUAUUUUCUUCUAGCAAUUUCUAAUUUUUUGGUUUGCAAGUUACAGGAUCCAAAUUUUAAUUUCCUUAGGAUUCCUACUGGUUCAAACAUGAGGAGGAUAAAUCUGUGGUCUUAUAUCAUUGAUAACUUUAAAUCGAAGUUGGCUUUGUGGAGAGGGAGAUUUCUUUCUUUUGGAGGUAGAAUUACUCUCAUCAAUGCGGUCCUAAGCAGUCUACCUAUCUUCAUAUUUUCUUUCUAUAAAGCCCCCGUGAAAGUGUUGAAAAAAGUUGAUAAAAUUCUUCAGAGAUUUAUUUGUGGCGGAUCAGAUGAGAAAUAA